CUAGCACGGACCCAACUAAAGCUGAGGAGCGCACAAGGAAGCGGAAAGAGCGCGUGUCCCACUGCUCCGCUGCGGUCUAUCUGGGCAGCACCAUGCUCGCGCUCCGAAGCGGCCUGAGGACGGCGCUGGCCCCGCGGGCUCUGACGCCUCAGGUAUGUUCACCUUUUGCUACAGGCCCCAGGCAAAGCGAUGGGACAUUGUAUGAAUUCCGCACCUACUCUCUGAAGCCCUCAAAGACAAAUGCGUUCCUGCAGAAUUUUCAGAAAUACGUUCACCUUCGGACAGCUCACUCUGAGAUGAUUGGAUACUGGACCGUAGAAUUUGGAGGCAGAAUAAACAGAGUGUUCCAUAUUUGGAAGUAUGAUAAUUUUGCUCAUCGAACUGCCGUCCGCAAAGCCUUGGCCAAGGAUAAGGAAUGGCAAGAACAAUUCCUCAUUUCAAAUUUGGCUUUCAUGGAUAAACAAGAGGUUGAGAUUACCUACCUGGUGCCAUGGUGUAAAAUAAAAACACCUCCCAAGGAAGGAGUCUAUGAACUGGCUACCUUUCAGAUGAAGCCUGGUGGCCCAGCUCUAUGGGGUGACGCAUUCAAAAGGGCAAUAAACGCCCAUGUUGAGCUUGGCUACUCUACACUAGUUGGUGUUUUCCACACUGAAUAUGGAGCCCUCAACAGAGUUCAUGUCCUCUGGUGGAACGAGAGCGCCGACAGCCGAGCAGCUGGGAGACACUGGUCCCAUGAGGAUCCCAGAGUAGUGGCUGCUGUUCGGGAAAGUGUCAAUUACCUCGAGUCUCAGCAGAAUAUGUUCCUGAUUCCAACCUCAUUUUCACCAUUGAAGUAGUUUCCUACCGAGCGUCGAGCAUUCCCGUCACGGAGGUGAGAUGCGUUUCCACCAGACAAUCGCCCUGUUCAUUGUCUGAAGGAGGUGCUGAGCUACCGCACUGCCCUCUGCAUGUCUGAGACUUCGUGUAUCCUUUACUACCAGUCGCUCAGGAAAUGUUUCUGUCCCUUUUCAUGUCUACUGGAUGUCAGAAAGUGGUGUUGUUACUCCAUGCCCUGGUACUUCAUUGUUCUUCUGUGGUUUUAUGAUGAAGUGUCCUCAAAAUAUGAUUUUGAAAUUUUUUCCCUCAAAAUAUUUGGAAAUUAAAUAAAUACAAUAUCUGCCUUUU